AUGUCCUUUGAGGAGUACCAGGCAAUUCUGCCUGAGCUACUCAGUGCCCCUGGAACUACCCAGCCUGCUCCUCCGGAAACAACCCAGCCUGUGCUUGAAGCAACAGCAAUCACGACCCAACCCAAGCCAUCGAACAAUGUCCGAGCCAAGGGCUUUGUGGAUAUCAUCGAGUACCAUAGCGAAGGUCACGAAGUGGAAAUUAUCCCCGCCGAACGGUUUCUUCCCACAAAGAGAAAGAGCAACAAAAAGCAACAAACGUACAAAGACUACGCAGUUGUGCUCCGCCGAACAUGGGUGCAGGGGAAAAACGCCCCCGUAGAAGUCGAAGUGCAACUGGAAAUCCAGUCCGUGGCCCUCUGUCGAGCAUUCCGAAAGAUUGCCGUCAACUCUUAUGAGGACACUGACCUAUCGAGUUUCCCGAUCAAGCUCAAAAGUCCCUUCCCGGAGAUUUUCUUCUACCGGGAUGAGAUCAAAUCCUUGAUGGAAGAUGAGAGCAGAAGCGAGGAGGUCCGUCAGGGCGCUGGGGCCUUGUACGGUUUCGUGCUCAAGAACAGGCUCAUGACGAGUAUCGUGGCAGAUCACGAAAAGUACUUUAACGAAGGCCAGGUCAUUGGCGACAUCCUCUGGACCAUUUACCCUCCAAACAGCCUGGUGGUCAUCGAUACUGGAAAGCUUCAAGAGUGUUGGAUUUGCCGCAACGUCGCGAGCUACCAGCACGGGGACGGAUACCUUUGGAUGGUGACUGGCUUCAGAAUUGGAUACGAUGGAUCCUCCCCUGGACUUACUAAACAGACUUUCAAGCUUCCGGUUUCGGACAAGCAGGUGUGUAAGAUCUCAGAUCUGCCCCUGGUCCCAAUCAAGAACUACCAGGGCUGGCCUUCGUUGAGAGAAACUUUGCUUGCCAGGGCCGCAACUUUGCAAAAGGUGCUCGGAAAGGACCUGUCACAAUUUGCGCCACAAACAUACGCCAACGUUGGAUGGCGGACCGAGUUCAGUAGCUACAGCGCAUUGCUGAACCCUAUGUUGCUCGCCAAACAGCUUGAUGACCGUGUGGUGGUGGACUACAAGUCGUUCCUCGAUGAGAACCAAGGCAGCGCGGCUGAGCUCGUGGAUUUUCGGAGCAAGCUCAAGAAAACCAAAUCGACGGCAAAGGCAAAAGCAAGGGGCGUCUUUUCUAGCGAUCGCCAUAGAAAGAAAGACCGUCGUCGUCGCCGCCGGCAUCACGGUUUCAUGGGCUACCCGCCCGACGAUUCCGACUCCGACUUCGACUUAGACUCCGACUCCAACUCUGACUCCGACUCUAACUCUGACUCUGAUUCCGCCGGGGUUGAUCCCGAUGCGUCCGGGACCGCCGUGGAUGCCCAAGAGUCUGAAGGCUCGCCCGAGCCUGACCUCGGCAAUUUGGAUGGGUUGUCCGAAGCGGUAGAAGAGAGCUUCAGCGUCUCGAAGGAGAACUUCAACCUUUUGUUCCCCGCCCUCGUUCCUGCGUUUGGGCUCAAGAAGAAGAAUUGGCUCUGGGUACUCAGCGAUCAACUUCGGGAUGUCGCUUGGAACAUGGUCGCAUUCAAAUCCCUGCAACUGGAAAAGGCAACGAAGCAUCUCGUCCAAGCUCUGGUGAAGGGCCACAAGGCCAACUCGACUGCGUUUGACGAUGUGGUACCCGGUAAAGGCCAAGGGCUGGUUUUUCUUUUGCACGGAAAGCCUGGAUUGGGGAAAACUCUCACUGCUGAGAGUGUCGCAGACUACCUUGAGCGUCCCCUGUAUUCCAUAUCAGGUGGAGAGCUGAGCACCGAGGUCACACAGUUGGAGAAGAGGCUGGAUGUAAUCUUUGCUCUGACCAAGAGAUGGGAUGCCGUCUGCCUCCUCGACGAAGCCGACGUGCUCUUGUGCAAGCGAAACUCGGCCGAGAUGGACCGAAAUGCCAUCGUUGCAGUGUUUCUCAGGAAGAUCGAGUACUUCCAGGGUGUUUUGUUCCUCACCACUAACCGCAAGCAAGACUUUGACGAGGCAUUCAAGAGUCGAAUUCAUGUCACGAUUUCCUACGGGGACCUGUCAGACGAAGCCCAGUCAAUGAUCUGGGAGCAGCUGAUUACCACAAAUAAAGAUGUGCAAAAAGACGAUUCCUGGACUGCUGGCGCUUAUUCAGCCCUUGGGAAGUUGAAGCUCAAUGGCCGGACAAUCAAGAACAUUUUGCGGACGGCUGUCGCAUACGCCAAUGCUGAUGGGGAAACACUUGGCCUUCGCCAUGUUCUGGCGAUUUUGCAGACCGAGCUUAAGGAAGUCGAUGAGGAAUCGUCAGUGAGCACGGACAGCUUGGAGAGCACCAAGAAGGCUCAAGUCAAGGCUGCUUUGGAUGAUUUGCAACGGUUAUUGGGAUAG